UCGAAGGGUUGGGGGUUGCUUUGGCAGAGGGGUUUAGUUUCUUUAAAAAAAGCAUCUAUUCCAUCGCCACCGGUUUAUAAUCCAGUGUGUGGAUUGUGUCGGACGGCCUUUAUCCGCUCUGCUGGUUGCUUCCUUGGAGAGCAGUGCAGAAUGGAGCCUCCCCAGCUGGAACACUUGAGGCAGUGCAGGUGUGACAGCGCAGCCUCGGUGCCUCAGUUCUGUAACUCUCCCACGAUGAUUGUGAUGGUGGGGCUGCCAGCCAGAGGGAAGACGUACAUCUCCAAGAAGCUAACUCGCUACCUGAACUGGAUCGGGGUGCCCACAAAAUCGUUUAACGUGGGCCAGUACCGGAGGGAGGCUGUGAAGGUCUACAAGGACUUUGAGUUCUUUAAUCCCGAAAAUGAGGAGGCCAUGAAGAUACGCAAGGCCUGUGCAUCAGCCGCUCUCAAAGAUGUUGCUGCGUACUUCUCAAAGGAACAGGGACAAGCCGCCGUAUUUGAUGCCACCAACACCACCAGGGAGCGGAGGGCAGUCAUCCUGAGUUAUGCGAAAGAGAGGGGCUACAAAGUGUUCUUUGUGGAAUCAAUCUGCGAUGACCCGGAAAUCAUUGCAGAGAAUAUUAAGCAAGUGAAACUGGGGAGUCCAGAUUACGUGGAUCGUGACGAAGACGAGGCGAUGAAAGACUUCAGCCGGCGCAUCGACUGUUACAAGUCCAGCUACAUGCCCAUCGACGAUGAGAAGGACAGGAAGCUGUCCUACAUCAAGAUCUUCAACGUGGGCAGCCGGUACCUGGUGAACCGGGUCCAGGACCACAUCCAGAGCCGGAUCGUGUAUUACCUCAUGAACAUCCACGUCACCCCGAGGUCCAUCUACCUGAGCCGCCACGGAGAGAGCGAGCUCAACCUGUCAGGUCGCAUCGGGGGGGACUCCGGCCUCUCCCCUAGAGGACACAAGUAUGCGAAGGGUUUGGCGACCUUCAUCAGAGGUCAGAACAUCAAGGAGCUGAAGGUGUGGACGAGUCACAUGAAGAGGACCAUCCAGACCGCCGAGGCUCUGGGGGUCCCGUACGAGCAGUGGAAGGCUCUCAAUGAGAUAGACGCUGGUGUGUGUGAGGAGUUAACCUACGAAGAGAUUCAGGAGAAUUUACCAGAAGAGUUUGCUCUGAGAGACCAGGACAAGUAUCGUUAUCGUUACCCAAAGGGGGAGUCCUAUGAGGACCUCGUGCAUCGUCUGGAGCCGGUGAUCAUGGAGCUGGAAAGGCAGGAAAACGUUCUGGUGAUCUGCCACCAAGCUGUGUUUCGCUGCCUGCUGGCCUACUUUGUAAACAAACCUGCAGCUGAGCUGCCUUAUCUCAGAUGCCCUCUUCACACUGUGCUCAAACUCACACCAAUAGCUUACGGCUGUAAAGUCGAGUCAUUUUUCCUCAACAUUGAAGCAGUCAACACUCACAGAGAGAGGCCAGUGAAUGUCGACAUCAACAGAAACCCUGAGGAGGCUCUGCAGACCGUACCUGACCACAUAUAAAUGCUGUGUUGUGAGAACAAGACUACAGACACAUGAAACUGGACGUGUUGCUACAUAUUAGCCUCACUAAAUAUCAGAGAUGCACUCCGGAGAAAGGGUAGGCUUUAAAGCAGAGUAGAAAUGGGACUAAAUGUUCACUACAAGAAAAAAUCACACUGCACCGACUCAACUGGAUAUUCUGUUUGAAGCGUGACUGUGAAACCUUCGUGCGUCUUAUCUGACUGGAGUUUGCUCCUUUUAUUAAAAGUGUCACAUUGUUUACAAAAUAAGAUUUACAAGUAAUACUCAUGCACUAUGUUUUAACACUUGGAGAAAAACACUUAAAAAGAUGUGUAAACGUUGUACCACGUGUGCACGGAUUGUGUGUUGUUGAUCAUCUAAUUAUAAAGGUGGGUCAGCCCCGUGGACAGCACCCAAACAAACAAAA